AUGUUUCUGUGGUGGGCGUUGGCCGUCGCGCUGUUCCUGUUCUAUAAAUGGAGCGUUGCCACAUACGAUUACUUCGAGAAGCGUAAAGUUCCGUACGUUAAACCGUUCCCCUUGUUCGGUCAGGUGCUGUCGUUCUUCACGCGAAAAGAACAUACCGUAGACAUUGCAUCGGAGGGUUAUCACAUGUUCCCGAACAGCCGAGUCUCUGGUGUGUUUUCUCUGCGAACCCCUGGAUACUUAGUGCACGAUCCGGCUCUGUACAAGCAGAUGGCAAUAAAGGACUUUGACCACUUCACCGAUCACAUCACUCAGCUGUCUCUGGAAGCCGAUCCCCUGCUGGCGCGUUCGCUGUUCUUUAUCAAUGGAUCCCGCUGGCGACAUCACCGGUCGGGUCUUAGUCCCGCGUUCACCGGAAGCAAGAUGCGCAACAUGUUUGGAUUACUGUCGAAAAGUGUAGGUGAUGCUAUGCAACGGCUUCUUACCAUGGCGCAGGGUAAGCCGAUGACGCAAGAGUUACGCGACCUGUACUCGAGAAUGGGAAACGAUUUAAUGAGCUCAAUUUCGUUCGGCGUUGAGGUGGACUCCCUCACGGAUCGCAACAAUGAGUUCUUUUUGAAGGGAAAACGAUUGGCCAAAAUCGAUGGCAUCCCUGCGCUGAAGUUCAUGCUGUCGGUUGUAAUACCCUGGAUCUUUGAGUUCUUCAAAAUAAAAGUCAUGUACAAGGAUGUCGACGAGUUUUACCUAAACGCCGUAUCCAGGAACAUUCAGGAGCGAGAACAGAAGAACAUCACGAGACCCGACUUCAUUCACCUGCUCCUGCAAGCGCGGAAAAACAUGCUGAAAUCGGAGAAGGCUGAGGACGAUACCCUGGAAAAUGCUGGGUUCUCAACGGCUGAAUCACACGCCGUGGAGAAGAAAGAUGACGUCAAUAUAGAAUGGGAGGACAUAGACAUCACGGGAGCGGCGGCAUCAUUCUUCUUCGGUGGUAUCGAGACGACGACCACACUUCUGUGCUUCACCUGCUACGAGCUCGCCGUUAACCCAUCGAUUCAGGAACGCCUGAGGGCGGAAAUCGACGAAGAGCGGGAAAACCUACCGGAUGGGAAAACUCCGACCUACGAGGUGCUGCAGAAGAUGAAGUACAUGGACAUGGUGGUUUCGGAAACGCUUCGCCGCUGGACACCGCUCGGAUUGACCAACAGGAAAUGCACCAAGGACUACACGUUCACAAACACCGAUGGAAAUGAAAUCACUAUUAAGAAAGGGAUAGCCGUCUCCAUUCCGCUCAAAGCAUACCAUCUGGACGAGAAAUACUUCCCCGAUCCGCUGCGCUACGACCCGGAAAGGUUCGCAGAUCCUGCCUCCAUCAACCAGGAUGCGUACGUCCCCUUCGGCACGGGUCUCAGGAACUGCAUCGGCUCGCGGUUGGCGCUGAUGCAAGCGAAAUGUAUCCUGUUCUAUAUGCUGACCAAUUUUAUCAUUGAACCCGCGGAAAAACUGACCAUUCCUCUUCAGAUCGACGAAUCGUCUGCUGGCCUGAACGCGAAGCACGGCUUCUGGAUGAACUUGACGCCACGAAAGGCAUAAGGUGGAUGAUAAGAUAAAAUUGUUUUAAUGUGUGUGAGAUAGCUUAUCGCGUUGGCGAUAGCAUUGGCUUCAUUUUAGGUGCUUCUAUACUCGCCAUAAAUGGCAUGCUAUGCAUAUCAGCCUUCAAAUUUAUCGAAAUAAAUUGAUGUGACAGAUUAAAACAACGUGUUUUAUUUCUUGUUUCGAUUUUGUCGUAUCUUUCUCGUUAGACAUUCUGUAAAACACUGAAUAUUCAAUGGUUAUUCGUAUGAUUUUCCCAACGCCAAGAAAAAUGGAAACCAGCGAAAGUGACGCUCACCGAUCUCUU